AUGGGUCAUAGCCUCCCCUAUAGCUGUAUGUAUGGGUAUGACUUGGAUGGCGAGGGUCCGGAGGAGGAAUUGGACGAGGAUGAAUUCACGACGCAAGAAAAACAAAUCUUCAAGAAGGUGACGGGCAAGGAAAGAGGUGUCCCAUUGUUUCGUGAUCUUAAUCUUGCUGACAAGGCCAUUGUUGAUGGUGGCAUGAGAUUGGGGUUGGUUGAACCAACAGCUUGCCCGAAAGUCGGCGAUCCAAGGCCAAAGAUUGAGGACGAGAAAGCUUAUUUGAAGAAAGGCGUCAAGUUUGAAUGCUUGCAAGAGUUCACGUUUUGGUUGAGUGACUACGCCAUUAGGAACCAUAGGCCGUUUGUUGUUGGUCAAUCCAAGCAAAGUGUGUGUUACACCGUGAAAUGUGACAAAGAAGGUUGCCCAUGGAAGAAAAAAAAUCAUGAAACCAGGCAAUGGGUUUUGAAGAGUUGUGUGGCCACUCACGAGUGCAUACCGCCAGAGAAAGCUGGCCGUGGAAAGGGACACCAUCAACUCAUGACUGAGUUUCCUGGCUACAAAUUAUUGAAUGAGAUACCCCACGAUCCAACUGUGAAGGUGACAUUUCUCAUGAGUUCGGUCGAAGAACGAUACAGAUACAAGAUCAUUUAUGGGAAGGUAUGGAAGGCCAAGGCAAAUAAUAUUAGGAUGUUGCAUGGUGAUUAUGAGGCCGCAUACAAUAUUCUCCCGAGGAUGCUAGGAGCAAUUGCACAUAGGAACCCUGGCAUGCGACACGGGGUCGAGGAAAUUGACGAGGUGUUUCACCGUGCCUUCUGGAGUUUUGGGCAAUGCAUUGAGACAUUUAAGCAUUGUCGUCCGAUGUUGUCUAUAGAUGGCACUUUCUUGACCGACAAAUACAAGGGCACACUAAUGGUGGCAAUGGCUCACUUGUCCAAUGAUAACGUGAUGUUGGUGGCAUUUGCUUUAGUGUCUUCCGAACACGAUGACAACUGGGAGUGGUUCAUGGGGCAUGUGAGGACCAAGGUGAUUGGGAAUAGGGAGGUAUGCAUCAUAUCUGACCGGCACCAUGACAUUCUCAAGGCCAUAGACAUCGUUAUUCCCGGCCUCCCAAAUCUUCACCACCAAUGA